GUAUAUUCUCUUUUCUUUCAUUCUUCUUCUCUUCCGUAUAACAACAAGGGUUUAAUAGUAAUAGUAAUAGUAAUUCUUCAUCUUCUUCUUCUUCUUGAACACGCAAAUUCAAUUCAUAAACUCUUCAAUUUCCUGCAAAAUCUCAACACACGCUUCUUCAAUGGCUGCUCCCGAAAUCAACUGGGACAGGUUAGAUAAAAUAAAAUACUAUGUAGUGGGAGCUGGACUCUUUUCGGGUGUUACUGUGGCACUCUACCCUGUCUCUGUUGUGAAGACUAGGAUGCAGGUUGCUUCAAACCAUACUGCAGAGAGAAGUGCAUUGUCUGUUGUGAAAGGAUUACUCAAGACAGAUGGCAUUCGUGGUUUGUAUAAAGGGUUUGGCAUUGCCGUCACCGGAGCAAUUCCUGCCAGAAUCAUAUUUCUCACUGCCUUGGAGACCACAAAGGCGGCUUCCUUCAAGAUGCUUGAACCAUUUAAACUAUCUGAAACUACACAGGCUGCCAUAGCAAAUGGCAUUGGUGGCAUGACAUCGUCGAUCUGUGCACAAGCUGUGUUUGUUCCAAUUGACGUGAUUAGCCAAAAGUUGAUGGUGCAAGGGUACUCAGGCCAUGCCCAGUAUAGUGGGGGCUUGGAUGUUGCUCGUAAGUUGAUAAGGUCUGAGGGAAUUCGGGGGUUAUACCGUGAGUUUGGUCUAUCUGUCAUGACUUAUUCGCCAUCUAGUGCUGUUUGGUGGGCAAGUUACGGCUCAAGUCAACGCUUCUUAUGGAGAUUCUUAGAAGACGAUGUCAAAUCUGAGAAAGGUACUCCUAGUCUGCCAAAGAUUGUUUUGGUUCAGGCAGCAGGGGGUAUCAUUGCUGGUGCUACUGCAUCGUGCAUUACAACUCCGUUGGAUACAAUCAAGACUCGGUUACAGGUGAUGGGACAUGGAAAGAAAAGCUCUGUUAAACAAGUUGUUAAAGAAUUGAUCAGUGAGGAUGGUUGGAAAGGUGUCUAUAGAGGAUUAGGUCCAAGAUUUGUCAGCAUGUCAGCAUGGGGUACUUCAAUGAUACUGGCUUACGAAUAUCUGAAGCGCCUAUGCGCAAAAGAUGAAGAAGCGUUUGGUCAGCAAUCUGGUAUUGUUUCAACUGAUUAGCCAAGAUAUGGUCCCAAACUAUGUAAAUUGAGUUCCUUUUGUGGGAUGAGUUGAUUUUGGAUAAUGGAUAUGCACACAAUAGCUUAUGCUCCUACAACUUGAUCAUUGGAUUUGCUGCUGAAAUUUAAGCAAGCAGCUUUUGUAACUGAUUUUUCAGGAAAUAAUCAUUGGAUUGGAUGAAUAGAUUGAUAUUUUUCCUAUUGGAAAAAUAUUAUUUUCAUUUUUUUAGACAAUUACAUUGGAUUAGGUGUAUUCUUUUCUAACAUUGUUAUGAGUUAAUUAAUGUACAAUGGGAGGAAUGAGACUGUACAUACAAAAAAACUAUGCAUGUUUGUUUUUCCUCUUCCCUCUAAAUGUGUAGUAAUUGUAUUUCUUAGGUAGACAAAUUACAGAGUUGUUAUUGAUAGUAAAUCAUGUACAAAUAUUUAUAGAGGAAAUAGCCAUAGACUUCAAACAUGGCCAUAGAUGAGA